GAAACAUCAGAGAAAAAAGUUUAGUGUGAUUCAAAAUGGCAGCAUAAUUGUGUGAAAUAUUGUUUAGUGUAAACGAGUUAAAAAUGGCUAAUAUCGUUGAAGAUAUAUCUACUGUACAAAUCGAGGGUGAAAUAAUCAAAAAGCGAAUCUUCGGUGGCGAUAAAGUGUGUACAAAUAUAAAACAUCAAAAUCAAGGACAUUGUAGGGUGAAGAAACUUCCUCGUCGUUGUUUGUGCUCCAGAAACAAUUAUAAAGCCGUUAAGCAGUCGUUUUGCAGAGUCUGAAGCUACGGAAACGACAGACAUGUGGAAUAUACCAAAGUCAAUCGCGCCCAUUCUGGCGCCAUUCAAGACGCAGAAGAGAGAACUGGCAUCUUUCAGCAUACCCCAUGCAGCCAUACAUUCGGACAAAGUAUUCAAAAACCCGAAUUUCGUCAACAACCAUCCGAACGUGCAUUGCUCCUACUCAUCCACGAACCCAAUCUGCAGAGCCGUACACAAUUUUUGUCAAGAUUCUGACACAACAGAUUCUGUCAUCGAAAACCCUUGUACGGGAAAUCACACAAAUUUCAGUCGCAAACCAACGGAGGAUCUCGAAGUAGAAACCGCCCAUCGUUCCCCCAUCACCAGAUCCUCGUUUAACACCAGCAGAAAACGCAGCAAAAAGUCCAGGAAAAACCGCAGGAAGAAAUCCCUCAAACAGAAUUCGAAGCGAAUAAACGAAAUGAUGGACGUCGAUUCGGAGAUGGACACUUCGAUGAACCGUUGCGACAAUCUCACCUGCCCCGCGUCCCCCAAAUCCCUACAACUCUCCGAUUUCCUCGUGGAGUUCACCGAGAUACCUGCGAGGCCCAUCAGACCUGAGCAGGAGCUUUACACGUUCAUCUCCAUUUCGCCCCCGAGCAAUGGCAGGUUGUUCAACAGGGAACGGGAACUGUCCGUAUGCGAAUCGGAGGAUAGUUUCAUAGUGUUCGAUAGCGGAACGGACGAGGAACUGAAAUUUUCUGAGUCCGAAAACGAGACCGAUUCCGAUACCGAAGAUAGCUCAGACGAUUCCGACGUCGAUGACGAUUUCGAUUCUUCGAAUUCCGUCGUUCCAUGCAAAAGGGUGCGAUUUGCCGAUAAAGAGGAUCUGUGUGAAAUCCAUCCGAUGGUACAAUGGUCGUUUGCAUAUCGAAGCGCCAGAAAGGGGCCUUGGGAGGAAUACGCCAGGGAUAGGGAGAGAUUCAACAAGAGAAUUAGCCGAACAGAACAAAUACUCGGGCCUGUUUUCAAUCGACAGCACAGAGAAAAUGUGUACAAAGAGAGAUUCGAUAGAGAAUCAGUAGAGAAGUAAGGACGAUUCAGAUGGGUUUUGAUUUAUGGCAAAUAUUUCGUGUAGAGAAUUCUUUUUUUAUUUUUUUAGACUUUGAUUUUUUUACCUUUACUCAUACCUGCGAAAUAGUAUUUAAACGAACGCCGUUAGAUGGAAUUCUUUGGAAAUAUUUGCGAUAUCGCAAAAUACCGCUGCUCACUGGCUGUGAUGUAAUAUAAAAUUAGAUUGAGUAAAUCAUUUCGGUUGGCUUUGAAAUAAUUUCCAUUAAAACGCAUUGGAUUCAACUGUGAUAUUUAUUACUUUUAUGAGUUAGAUCUGAAUUUAUAAUCGUACCUUUUUGCCUUAUCAAGAAUUGCGGAAUAUUUCGGACGUUAAGCGAUUUUCACGUGGAAAACGAAUCGAUAAGGUGAAUUUACUUCAAGUCAGAAUUAUUUCGGAGUCGGUCGGAAUCGUAUCGUAUACAUAAUAGGAAAAAGUAGGUAAUGGAUAAAUAUUUAAGUACACAUUUAGAUAUGGAAACAUUUUGUUCACGAAUUGUCCUCUGAUUUCGAAACAAUAGGAAAGUUUUUUUGUGGGUAAAUAACCAUUUAAUUACGUCACUUUUGAGAUAACGUAAUAGUAACAUUAUUAAACUGUCUAUAUUUUAUCAACUAAUUGAUUAAAAUUAAAAAAAAAAAUGUAGUUAAUAAGCUAUUUUUAUAUGCAUGAUGAAGAGACGAAAUCGGUGUUGAUUGAAACAAUAUUAGUAUAAAAAAAGGACAAUUCUCGAGAAAUCCUCUCUCCAUAUUCUACAAAUGUUCUUGCCGAAAAAUGCAAAUGUUUUUUUAUAUUAUGGAAAUAUUUUAGGUGGAUGGUGUUAAUAUAAUUUAGGGUGUUUUAUUAUAUACAAGGCGCGUCAAAAUUGCGAGCAAAUGUUCAUAAUAAAAAUAAGUAAAUCGUGUUCUUUUAUAUCGGUUUAUUUUUACAAGUAAUUCUAGUACGAUGGUGUUUUACUUUUUCUUAUUUAUAUUUGCUCGUUCUAUUUUUUUAAAGAAUUGAUAAAAUUCUGAUGCAUAUAAUGUACUGUUUGGUAUUAGCGUGUAUUAAAACAGUAUUUUCCUGAAAAUUAACUCCUUUAACAUAUAUUACUGCUAUCAAAAUAAUAAUAAUACAUGUAUUAAUAAUUUGCAUAUUUUAUUUCAAAGUUACCUUUACUUAUAUUUGUGCCUUAUUUUUGUAUUUUGGGUCAGUUCAAAAAAAAAUUAUCAACAAAUAAAAUAUGCAGAAUUUCUGAAGUAAAUUUUUGUGUAAUUUCAAAAUAAUUUGUGAGAGCAAAGCAAAGCAAUAAUAAAUAUAUUUAAUUGUUACUUCUGCUUCACUCUGUUCACAAAAAAAAACCGUUAACCAAAUACGAGUACCUUAGUUUCUGUUCCAAAGCGUUAUUUUUUCUUGUAUAUUGGUGCUAUUAUAUUCAUGUUUAAUAUAUUAAAAACCUGUACUUUUGAUUAAGACAAAAUAAGGAUAAAAUAAAAGUUUUUCGAAU